GAUUGUCUGUCACUGCUGGAGAAUACACUAAAUAUAAUGGAGGAAGUCGCUCAUUUUACUGAAGGGGAAUUCUAUCAGGUCCAUUUUGAUUCCAGGGCAUAUAUCGACAACUUUUAUUUUUGUCCACGAGGCCACGAAGAAGAGAAUUUUCUUUCUUUCGUCUUAGCAUGUCUAAGCCGGACAUUUUCAACAGGUAAAUACAAAGGCCAAAGACUCAUUGAAGUCGGCAACGGACCAACAAUUCACAGUAUAAUAAGUGCUUGCGAGUACUUCCAGGAGAUUGUACUAUCAGAUUUUGCUGACAACAAUCGCAAAGAAAUUGUGAAAUGGUUGAAAAACGAAGAAGGGUGUUUCGAUUGGAAUCCCAUCAUCCAACACGUAUGUGCAAUCGAGGGGAAAAGGCCAUUCGAUGUGGAAGUGAACUUAAGACAGCGGGUGAAGCAAGUGCUGAAAUGUGAUGUCCGCUUGGAAAAUCCUUUCCAUCCUCACAACAUCGAUCCAGCCGAGUGCGUGAUAACGUCUCUUUGUCUUGAAGCAGCAUGCAAAGACUUGGAGACCUACAGAAAGGCACUUCGUGGAGUAGCGACACUGGUGCGCCCCGGUGGAAUUCUUGUGAUGGUUGGCGUUUUAGGUCAGACUUUCUACUACGUCAAUGAAAAACGCUUCUCCUGCCUAAUCCUAAGUAAGACAAACAUUGAAAGUAUAUUGGAAAACUUAGGUUUUACCAUCCAUGAAUUCAACAUACUUCCAGCGCAAGAUCGGAAGAAGAUCGUAUCUGAUUUUCAAGCUGUUUUUCAUCUUGUUGCCCUGAAAUCCGCUACGUACACAUGUGAUGGGUAACGUUUCAAGGAAACUUUCAAAAAAUGUGUACUUUUUUUCCCCUCGAUUUCCAAAUUACUUUUUCAAAUUAUUAAUUUGAUCUUAUUUUGUGUUAAAGGGAGAAGGUGUUUCAUUUUGAACAAAAAAUCCAGAUGAAGCACAUUUAUAAUUAAGAUGAUUAGUGUUUCCAAACCAGGUUUCAUCGCAAAUCAUCUGAUGACUGGAAACAUAAGGUUUGACUUUGCUCUGUUAGAGGCAGGGUGCAAUAGACCUGUUUGGCCUUAAUAUUGAUUUACUUGUUUAAUAAUUUCCUACUCUGUAUUUACUGACAUCCUAUGAAAUAUUGUGCUUCAGAACAAAGAUCACUUUUUGAGGCAUAUCUCUUUAAAACUGGUCUACUUGCAAUUAUAGCUCAAACCAUCAUUACAGUGAAAAACAUUUUGUGACAGUAAAGUAAUGGGCCUUUUCAGUGAGUAUCUAUGCACCUACAGUUUACAACAGCACAAUAACAAUGCAAGUUAAAAGGUUUUCAAUCUUAAGUGUGUCCAUGUAGUUAGAAUAUCACUUGAAUAGGGCUGCCCAAGUCCAGUCCUAGAGAGCUACAGUCCUACAUAGUUUAGAUCCAACUCCGACCAGCACACCUGGAUCUAAUAUUGUGAUAUUACUGAAGGACUUCAUAAACUGGAUCAGGUGUGUUGGGUUUAGCUCCAGUUCUAAUCUUGCACCCCUGCUGUGGAAUAUCCCUUUUCCCACCACCUUCUUGCAUCACCAGUGGUCUGAAUCGAAGCCCUUUGAAAACCAGAGGUCUGAAAAUGAGUCCUCAGUGAGUUGUACAACAAUUUCACCACAUUGUGUACUCAUCAGUCUCAGUGGUCUGGACAGUAGGACAUCAUGCCCGCCAUCCCAAAAAUGGCAACAUUUAACAGUGUGGUUAGUUUUUGGAGAGCUGUUCUCUUGCCUAAAAGACAAAAGAAGCCUGA